UUGGUUCAAUUUUGACGCUAAUUUUAUUCCAACCAAUGAGAAUGCUUCGCGUUUGUAAAGUACAAUAAUGUAGAAGACAGCAAGAACAACAUGGCGGCCGCAAUUUUAUGUUUGCGGUAUGGAAUUACUAGACAGCCACGUUUUAAUGAGAAAUCUUAUGGGUAUAUUAGGAGUCUAAGAUCGACAGCUAUUAGGAUAAUGAGUAGAAAUGGAGCACGUUUCAAUGGAACAGCGAACGCAAAUCUUAACGGAAGGGAGUUGACGUUUGAUACAGAAACACUGGCCCAAUUAGCUGAUGGCUCAGCAACUGUUAAGUUUGGUCAUUCAUCUGUACUUGCCACUGUUGUGAGUUCACGAAAGCCUGCUGAAAGUGAUUUUGUAAAUUUGAAGGUUGACUAUCGGGAGAAAGCCGCAGCCAUGGGUUUCAUACCAAGUAAUUAUAAAAGAAAAGAUCUUGGUCCAACUGAGAAAGAAAUUUUAACUGGAAGACUUAUUGAUAGAUCUGUGAGGUCAUUAUUUCCCAAGGGUUAUGAAAAUGAAACACAGAUAAUCUGCACUUUGUUGGCAGCAGAUGGAAUGAACAAUCCAGAUAUUCUGGGCAUUAAUGCUGCUUCUGCAUCUUUGUGUGUUUCUGAUAUUCCUUGGAAUGGUCCAGUUGGCGCAGUUCGUAUAGGUGAUAUUGACGGUGAACUAGUCAUCAACCCAACAAGACAAGAACUACAACAAAGCAGUUUGAAUUUGGUCAUUGCCAGUAGUGAACACAGAGUUGUUAUGUUGGAAGGCAGCGGUAAAGAAGUCACAAGCAUUAGGAUGAUUGAAGCCAUAUCCAAAGGUCAUUUGGAGUGUCAGUCGAUAAUUCAUGCAUUAAAAGAACUACAAAACAGAGUGGGAAAAGCGAAAAGGAGUUUUACCACAACUCAAAAAGAUCCAGAGGAAUUGAUGCAACGUAUUCAGGAGUUGUCAGAAGUCUCCAUUCGUAACAUAUUUCUAGAUUCAACAUUAACAAAGCUUCCACGAGAUCAGGAAAUUAGAAAAAUUCAAGAAAAUGUGAUCGAAAAAAUUAAAGAGGACUUUCCUGACGAAGACUACCAAACUAUCGCGCAAAUAUUUAACAAAAUAGUCAAGCAAACUUUUAGAAACAACAUUCUCACUGGCUUAGGAAGAUGUGAUGGACGAACAUCAGACCAACUGCGUCCAAUUUCGUGUGAUGUAGAUCUAUUUAAACCGCUUCAUGGGUCUGCUGUCUUCAAACGAGGUGAAACCCAGGUAUUUUGCACCGUGACGUUCGACUCUGCUGGUCCCGUCAUCAGGUCAAAUAGACGCGAGAAAACUGCCGGAAACGAUAUUGCCAAACACUUUUUCUUACACUACGAGUUCCCGCCAUUUUCAAACAACGAGAUUGGUCUCACUGCUGCUAAUUCACGGCGCGAGAUUGGACAUGGCUCUCUGGCCGAGAAAGCGUUAGCAGCCAUCGUGCCUCAGGGUUUUCCAUUCACCAUUCGACUCACAUCCCAGGUCAUGAUGUCAAACGGUUCCUCCUCAAUGGCGUCUGUCUGCGGGGGAAGUUUGGCCCUUAUGGACGCUGGUGUGCCAAUCUGUGAAGCUGUGGCCGGUGUAGCAUGUGGUCUGGUGACGAGUUCAGAUUCUACGGAUGAUGACGUGAAGGAGUACAAGUUGCUCACAGAUAUUUUGGGAAUCGAAGACUACUUGGGAGAUAUGGAUUUCAAAAUGGCUGGUACUCGUAAUGGUAUCACAGCUCUGCAGGCAGAUUUCAAGAUUCCUGGGUUACCACUCCGGAUUGUUAAGGAAGCGAUACACAAGGCCACUGACGAUAGAAUGAAAGUUUUGGAUAUUAUGAAUUCAGUGAUAUCCGAAGCAAGGUCAACACCUAAGGAAAAUGGUCCGGUCACCGAAAGUGUCCAUGUUCCUUUACGAAAACGUUCGCAGUUUCUUGGCCCAGGGGGGAUGAACAUCAAACAACUGGAAAAUGUCACUGGGGUAUCAGUGGAUAUGCUUGAGGAGGAAAAGUGGACAAUAUUCGCGCCAUCACCUUCUGCUAUGAAAGAAGCGAGAUCAAUCAUAGACGAGUUACUUGAAGAUAAACCGAGUGUAGAGUCUUUGUUGGAAUAUGGUGCGAUAUAUGAAGGUCGCAUCGUUGAAUUGAAACCGUAUGGUGUGAUGGUUGAACUAUUACCCGGCAUGCCUCCUGCUCUGUUACAUAAUGCACAACUUGAUCAUCGCAAGAUAUAUAACCACGAGGCCUUGGGCCUAGAGGUAAACCAACCAAUCAGAGUCAAGUACUUUGGCCGAGAUCCAGCGUCCGGACGCAUGCGCAUAUCACGCAAGGCCAUCCUUCCGGCACCAAAGAGACAAGAAUACGAGAGGGAACUGGAAAGUGUUUAUAAUCAGACAGUUUUAGACUCUGUGAGGAAAACUAUGGAUAGCUAGGAAUGCUAAUAGG